ACUACCAUAAAACACCAAAGAAGAAGAGACCAGGAAGUGUCUGUUCAUCCCAUGUGUAGCAUACAUCUAUGGUUGCUGUUCAGUCGUUUAUUCAUUCUUGAAAAGACAACUUUAGCUAUAUUUAGCUAACCUGUUAUCUAUCUUUCCCAAAUAAACCAAAGACGAAACCGGUGUUCAAGCAAACAGUAACAGCUAGCUAGCUAAAUCGCGCUAAAGUUGUUUGGAAAAUUACAUCUGUAGCCUUUGAAAGAAAGUGCGUUGUCUGAAUGAAAAGUGCAGUGGAUACUAGCAUGAUCAAGGAAAACCGGUGGAACAUACCUCCUAAUGCUCCAGCCUGCAUGGAGAAGCAUCUGAGCUCGGCGCAAUACAGAGCAGAUGGUACUCUGCUGCUCGGUGCCUCCAGCCUCUCUGGCAGAAGCUGGCAGGGAUCUGUUUGGAUCUACAGUGACCCUGAGCAGGCCCCCAAUGAGGGACUCUGCAAAGCUGGUGUGCAGACUGAGACUGGAGUCACAGAUGUCAAAUGGGCAUCAGAAAAGGGUGUUCUUGUUGCAUCAGACUCGGGUGCCCUGGAGCUCUGGGAACUGGCAGAGGAUGAACGCCUGCUGGUGAAUCGCUUUACCAAACAUGACCACGACCACAUUGUCACCACUGUGAGCCCAGUUACUGGAGAAAACAGUGCUGUCACUGGCAGCAUGGACUGUCGAAUUAAGGUCUGGGAUCUCAGUCAGGAAACGGCUGUCACUACCUACCAUGCGCACACACAGCCAGUCACUUGUGUUGCCUGCAGUCCUACAGAUGAGUCUCUCUUCAUCUCCUGUGGUCAAGAUGGCCGUGUGCUGAUGUGGGACCGGAGGAAGCCAAACAAACCAGCCACAAAAAUAGAUUUAGAGUCCCUCAGCUGCUCCCCUACCACUCUAGCCUGGCACCCGCAGCACAGAAGCACCAUUGCUUUUGGUGAUGAGCUGGGCAGAGUGACUGUGAAGGAUUUCCUGGGAACAGAGCCGGCCCGGCUGGUGAGCGUCCACAGCCGCGGAGUUAAUGCCCUCGCCUUCUCGACACAUAGUGCCCCCUUGCUCGCCUCCAUAAGUGAUGAUUGUUCCCUCGCUGUUCUGAACUCUGACCUGCAAGAAAUACAUAGAGAUCGGCGACACCAGGACUUUGUCAAAGGUGUGUGCUGGCUCCACGGUGGCUCCAACACUCUCACAACUGUGGGCUGGGAUCACCUCGUGCUUCACCACACGGUGGAUCCGGCUGCUAAAGCUCCCAACUCCACCUCUUAGACCCAACAGUUGCUCACAUACCUUGGAAAAAACAAAUUCCCCCCCCUUUCCCCCCUAUUUUUGAGGGGAGUCCAUGGUUGUCUAAAAAGUAAAAUCUAAUAACUUAGUCAGGAAGUAUGGAUUAAAGUGUUUCAUUGUCAUUUAGUACUCCAGAUAUGUGCAGAAUAUUUGGACUUGUCCAUAUCUUCCCAGUUCUGUCCCCUGUUACUGAUUGAUUAUGGUCUCUCUACUUCAUACUGUAUAGCAUUUCCAUGUGUAAUUACACUUAAUGCAACCCAUUUGUAUUUGCAUAAUUUUACAUUAAAAGUAACAUAAUGUAAUGACA